CUAACCACAAAGCCACAAUAUGGCACUAUGGCAGUUGGCACGUCUUAGCAUGGAUUACAGAAUAACACAACAUUAUUAAGAUAUCAGAAUUUACAUUACUUUCUACUUAUAAGUUAAAUAUUUUCUGUAACAAGUUACAGCUAUGGGUACCAGCUUUUAUUGUAUCGCUCAUUAGUCAUCUUAUUAAUAUUUCAAUUUAAUUUAGUAAAAGAUCUAUUAUUUAACAGCAAGAUGUUUUGUUGCGGAGUAUGUAAUGCCGUAUUUACCGGCAUAUACCCGGAAACUGUUCUUGCAACUCCAUGCGGACAUUUAUUCCACAGUGAAUGCCUUAGCAUGUGCUUCAACAAGAUGAACCUAGAAGUUGAAAAUAGAUGCCCGUUUUGUUCAUCCAGCAUGAAAACAUCCCGAAUUAUCAAGUUACAUCUCCAAGUAUGUGCAAAUUGGAAAGAUACAGCAGCAGCAUUAAAAAAACAGGCCAAUACAAGCAUCAUUAAUUUAGAUGAAUCAUUAAUGAACAGCCCAGUAAUGAUGGAAACUUGUAAAGAUUUGAACAAUUCAAGCUUUGAUGAAAUUCAGGACAAUUCUGUCUUAGGCUUAAUGCCAAAAUUACCGGUCAAUACAAGCAUCAUUAAUUUGGAUGAAUCAUUAAUGAACAGCUCUGAAAUGAUGGAAAGUUGCUUAGAUUUGAAGAGCUGUAGAAAAACUAUGCUUACAACAUCCCUAUCGGGUAUAAUCCUGACAGAAGUAAUGGAAAACUUUCUAUCAAUCUUGAAUCAUGUCAUACAAAAUUCCAUUAUACAAGAACGAUCGCUAAUGUCUGAAAAAAAAUUAAUUGAUAGUGCUAGGGAAACUGGAUACUCCAAUAUUAUAAUAAUAACUAUGAGCUUGGGAUACCCAGUUGGUAUAUGUUUUAUUGACUUAAAACAGAAUUUGAAACUCAGUACUUCAGUAACAUCGUAUAAAUGCUUUAGUGAUACAAAGUCUAUUAGUAAGAAUACAUGUUUAACCAAAAAAAAUAAACAGAAAUUAAAUGUAGUCCAAGAAUUUAUUUAUAGUUUUUUUACUCAGCCUGGAAAUCUCUGCAAUGUUAACACAAUUUUAUUUCCGUGCCAUGAUAAUUGUACUGAUAUGAAAUUUACUCAUACUUUGGAUAAUUUAAUGAUAAGUUUUAUCAUCAAAUUACCUUAUUUUAAUAAUAAUGAAGAGUAUAUCAAGGCUAUCAAUUAAAUUAAAAGAAAUUUG